AUGCAAUUCAAAAUCCUCUCCAUCCUCUUCUUCUUCUUCUUCUUCUUCUUCCUCUUCUUCACUAUUUCCUAUGCUCGUCCAAAUGAAAUGCUCUCUGGAGUUACAGGAACAGGAGCUGUUCAAGGAGUUGUUGAUGGAGCACUGCCAGCAGUUGGUGGUGCUGUUCAGAGUGAUGGAGGAGUUGUGCAAGGUGUUGCUGGCAUGAUUCCAGAACUUCCAAUUGGAGGAGCACAAGAACUAGCUAAAUAA